UGAUGACGUGCAGACAUUCCAAACGCCUUUUGAAAACAUGGCGUCCAAGUGUAGCCUCUCCACUCUGUUUCCCAUUCAGAGUCAGCUUGAUUGUGACCUAGAAAACGCCACUACGCAAGAAGAAAAAGAGGAACUUGUUCACCAGUUUUUGGAAAGGGUAGACGAGAGGGAAGACACGAAGAUUCCUGAUUUCCAAACAGGCUUAGAGUGGCUGAACACAGAUGCGCCGCUGUCUCUAAAUAAGGAUCUGGCCGGGAAAGUGGUGCUGCUGGAUUUCUUCACUUACUGCUGCAUCAACUGCAUGCAUAUCCUCCCUGACCUGCACCAAUUGGAGAAGAGACACUCAACUCAAGAUGGGUUGGUUAUUAUCGGCGUGCACUCUGCAAAAUUCCCCAACGAAAAGAUCCUGGAUAAUAUCCGCAGCGCUGUCCUUCGCUACAACAUCUGCCACCCUGUGGUGAACGACGGAGAGGCCAGCCUUUGGCACGAGCUGGAGGUCUCCUGCUGGCCGACUCUAGUUCUACUCGGACCGCGAGGCAAUUUGCUGUUCUCCCUCGUGGGCGAAGGCCACAGCGAGAAGCUGACUCUCUUCACUGACGCCGCCCUUCGAUUUUAUGGAGGGAAAGGCCAGUUGAAGGCUCACGCUUUGAAGAUUAGGCUGUACAAGGAUUCUUUGGCGUGCAGCAUCCUGUCCUUCCCUGGGAAGGUGGCCAUCGACAAGAGCACCCAAAGGCUGGUCAUCGCAGACACGGGACAUCACCGAAUCCUAGUGGUGUCUUCUGCUGGACAGCUGCUGCAUGUCAUAGGAGGACCUGCAAGUGGCAGGAAAGACGGCAGUUUGUCCGAAGCCUCCUUCAACUCCCCUCAGGGCGUCGCGUUCAAAGGAGACGCCGUGUACGUGGCCGACACAGAAAACCACCUGAUUCGAAAGAUCGAUCUAUCUGGAGGAAGAGUCAGCACCAUAGCGGGCGCUGGUGUUCAGGGCACAGACAGAGAGGGCGGGGCCGUGGGAGUUCAGCAGCCAAUCAGCUCCCCCUGGGACGUGACGCUCGGCACUGCCGGUGGGGAGGAAGACAACGUGCUGUGGAUAGCCAUGGCAGGGACCCACCAGAUCUGGGCUUUGUUCCUGGCAGAUGGAAAACUGCCAAAAGGAGGCGAGUUUAAGGCAGGGGUGUGCGUGCGAUGGGCAGGCAGCGGCAGCGAAGAGAACAGGAACAACUCCUAUCCUCACAAAGCCGGCUUUGCGCAGCCGUCCGGUUUGGCUUUGGCCACAGAGGAGCCCUGGAACUGCCUUUAUGUGGCCGACAGCGAGAGCAGCACCAUCCGCUCGUUGGCUCUGAAGGACGGAGCUGUGAAGCUGCUGGUUGGAGGAGAGAGGGACCCGCUGAACCUUUUUGCUUUUGGGGAUGCAGACGGCAAAGGGGUGGAAGCCAAACUGCAGCAUCCUCUCGGUGUGGCUUGGUCUCCUCGACAAAGCUUGCUUUAUGUGGCGGACUCCUACAACCACAAGAUCAAGGUGGUGGAUCCGAAGACAAAGGUUUGCAGCACGCUAGCAGGGACCGGAGAGGCCGGAGAUUCCUUGGGUCCAGAAUUGACUGAAUCCUGCUUUAAUGAACCUGGAGGAAUCUGCGUUGGCGGUGAGGGGAAGCUGCUUUAUGUGGCAGACACCAACAACCAUCAAAUAAAAGUUCUGGACCUGCUCUCCAAGACCGUCUCUGUGUUUCCGGUCUCCUCUGAGGUCACUGACUCCACUGUGUCAAAGCCUUUGGGUCGUACCAAAGCUCCCCCGCUACCCAAAUCCGCCGCCAGGAAAGAAAUGCCACCGGUGGAAGUGUCUGCUGGCCAGACUGUCACCAUGUCACUCACAUUAUCACUUCCAGAAGGAGCCAAACUGACCGAAGAGGCACCCAGCUGCUGGGUUCUCUCGGCUGAAGGUGACGAGUGGCUGCUGGACGGUCAGGUGACGACAGGUGAGGUUGUGGAUCUCUCUCAGCCCAUCAACAUCUCGACCAGACUUCCAGCGGCAGAGACGGAGUGGAAAAACAACAAGCCCUGCCUCACGUUGGGAGUGUGGGUGUUCUAUUGUUUGGAGGCAGGCAAAGCCUGCAUGAUGAAAGCGGCCUCGUUUAGCCAGCCUCUUCACAUAAACAGCCAUUCUGGAGAGAAGCAGGUCACCGUGGCGAUUGCCCACACUUUUUAAAAGCACUAACUGCCUUUAGAAUCCACACUUUGGGGCAUCAGUGGGAAAAAGAUGUUUAUUCGUUGCCUUAAACAUGAGAUUGUUGUUUGUGAGAGACUGGCUUUUUAUAGAAAAACUAGAUUUUCUGGAGAAUUUCAUUUCGGACGACUCUGAUGUUCUUCCUGUCAGACAUGAUGGAUCGGGGCUGCAAACUUCCCGACUGGGCGGCAUGCAUUGAGAGGAGUUUACUGCAUACAGCAACACACCAUGAGAAGUACAGGUUUAGAAUUAAUCCAAUUUGGAAAGCUUAGAACAAUUGAUUGAUUUGCCUUUUACGUCAACCCUUCAGUUUUGGGGGGAAAAAAACAAACAAACCACGGAUGCAUUUUUCACAUGCAUCAGACUGAGAAAUAAAAAUUCAAGAUUUGAAAUAAGAUUUAAUUUUAGGACUGAAACCAGCGCACAACCUUUAUAAGGAUCUAACGCCAGAAAUCUUCAAUGUCAUGUCCAAUGGAAGCAAUAUCAGGUAGAAAAGGGGCAAACGUGAGACUUUUUGCCCAAUAGAACAGGUUCAGGAGACCACAUCUAUGCAAAAGAACCGCUUUAUUGCCAUUAUGAUGUUCCAAGUGCUUAAAAAGAUGCUUUUUCUCCUUUCAAAUCCAUGUGUAGCACUGGUUGGAGUGUCUUCCUUCAAGCCCAGCUUUCAUAAAUACUCGUGUCUCUGCAGCGUGAGCUGUUUACCAAGCCGCACUGGCCCAGAGCUUUGUCCUGCGCCUCCUCCCUCAUUAUUGCCGCUGAUACUUACGAUUACAAAUAUUUGCAACACAAGGAGGCCCUUUGAUUCGGACCAUAAAUACGUCUGUUAUCUGUUAAAUAAAGUGCUUGUUUGCGAUAAGAGACAGCAGCGUGAACCGAUGACACCGGCGGACUUGCUGCUUGCUCCACACACCGUCGGGUAUGAAAAACAGAGCUUCCUUCUCUCUUUAUUAUUUUUUUCUUUUUGGCUAUCAAGCCUCACAAAGGAUAUGAAAGAAACACUGCUGCGUUGCAUUGUGGGUCCCAUUAUGUAACAUAAUGCGAUAUGGCAGCUGUUGAUCCAUGUUUUUCCCAUAUUGAUUUUCAAGGUGUACGAAAGGGCCGCGCUUUGAUUCCUGUGUCCCCGUAAUUGUCCCGCUGCUUUUAUUUACUUCUUAUCGUUUGGGUCCCGGUGCCUUGAAACUGAAGGAUGAUGCAAACCGAUGACACUUAUGCUGUGUGUCUGACACCAAAAAUACUUGUUUUUUUUUAAUCCUUCUAUUCCCACAAGUUAUUUAUUCAAAAUGAAGUAUUUUCAGAGUUCUGCUAUCCCUCUGGCAUUUUUUAAUGAACUGUAAUGAGCUCGAAAGGCAUUAAAGCUCCUAAAACGGUUUGCUUUUCUUUGCAUCUUCAAGGGAAUUCUUGAAGCAAUAAAAUAUUUUAACAAGUUUUUCAUCAGUGAUGAACAGAUUCCCCUUGCUUUUCUUGUUUUCAGCCUUUGACAGAUGGAGUCUUUCAUCCAUUGAUAAACUAAUAAACUUGAAGAUAAAUUGCAGAUCAAAUGGGUUCUUUUGUUCCUUUUCUACAUGCUUACUUUUUGUUUAAAUAAAACUUGAGGACAAGCCUGUGUCAAACUAAUU